AUGGAGGAAUUUGGAUGCCAGAAUAACGAUGAUAUAAUCUUGAAAUGUGCAUUUGUAACCACCAGGAAAUAUGAGAAUGAAUCGGUUCGCGUGGUAUUUGCUACAAAUGACAAGAAUCUUGCAGUCAAGGCAGCGGCACAUAAUAUUAUAACAGAAUUGUUGCAUCUGCUAACAGUUGAUCCACUGAGAAGUGAAAGUCAGCAACUCAUGAUAAAAAAUAAUCAAAAAAUCUCGCCGUCGGACUUCUCGUUUAAUUUGGUUGACAAGCCAUCAUUAUCGGCUGUUAAAACAGUACAAGUUGAUGCAAUGAAAAAGGUUGUGGAUCGUUUACCUGAACCACUUGGAUGCCAUUCUUCAUCGCCAUCAUUUACACUUUUUCUCCAAAAGAGAGAAAUCUCUUCAUAUAAUAGUUCAAUUUCGGGAGUUGCCAAAGACGAAUCUCGGACCUCUGUGCGAAUCAAAAAAGAAAGCUGUGGAAUGUCAGGCUCAAUCGAACGUCGUGGGGUUCAUCAACAUCGGCGAAUACCUUAUUCACUUCGAAAAGCGGGGAAGGAGAGUAGCGGAAGCGGUGGAAGGUUAUCUAAGAAGAAAAGAUUCUGCCAAUUAAAUGAGCAUUCCAUGGCUCAUUUUUUGGAAAUAUUUGCCGAGCUUGUCCAAUAUUUCAAGCACAGGAGCGACAAGAAAUCAGUUGAGGAUAUGACAAGAAUUAACAAAGUUAUUGAUUCAGUCAUUGCGAAUGAGUCAUUCUCAUUGAGUGUUUUAGUCGACAUUGUGUCAAAAUUUUACGAUUUUUAUGCUGAUCGUGACGUUUUUAUAUCAGCGCUAAAUCAAACUGAAUUAUCUGAUGGCAUUUUUUCCGAAAAGUCCGCUCUCCAUCGUGUUGUGCAUGCACUUAUUGGAUCUCUAAAAGAUGUACUGCAUUAUGUGUCGUCUGGGCUAA